CAAUCUAAUGACAUUUAUUAUGUCUUGAUCAGUAAACAAACAGAAAUCUAAAUUUUCGUGAUGUGGAAAAUUAUAAAAAUUUAACUAAAAAUUAAGCAUGGACCAUUACCUUACCACGUACAGGAAGGACUAUCUUUGGCCCGACCUGCCUAAGGCCCCAGGGGCGGCGCAACAUGGCGGGAUCGCUGAAGUACCGAAGCUGUCUGGUGAGGAGAUGGCGUUCUACCAAGCGUGCAUGCAGCAAACGAGACCGCCCGACUGCCGCUGCCCGCAAUAUUCAGGCGGAGAGAUGCCCCAGCUACCACCCGGCAAGGAGGGGGGGUGGAGUAGGAUAGAGAUUAUGGGCCCAUUACUAGAUCCAAAGUUGUACCCCGCCCGCGUCGCAGCCGCCCCGGAGACUCCUACGUCACGAUAUAACCAGCCUAAUGCAUUCCUGGAUAAGCUGCAAUCGAAGUACCCGAUGCUGUACAGCAUCCUGCAGAAUGAGGCUUCGCCGGAACUUAAGCAGAGGAUCGACCGAGAUAGGAACAAAACCACUUACCAUGUCGAUUUUUGUGAGAGCGGUCCAGGAGCUAAGUUCGACAACCUGCAACGCGCGGCUGACGAGAGCGGGUCUGGUCCGUGCUCGCAGCCGAUGCGCCUGCCGGGAGACCCGUGCCGCGUCGCGCCCAAGAUCCGCAUGACCACGCCCAAGACCAUCUCCAAGCAGGCAGGAGGCGGCCCUGACCCGCGCGCUAAGUGCGAGACGACCUCGCUGGUGCCGCCGCUUGGUAAGACUGAGUACCAAGACAAUGUGUCCAAAUUAGGAGGCAUCAUUAUGCGCGACAAACUGCACAGGAAGUAGACAACAACAACAAGAACAACAACAACUACAACAUCAACAACAACAACAACAACAAAAACAACAUCAACAACAAUGCUUCCAACGUAAAUCCUAUCGCAAAAUGCUUCACUAUAUUUAAUGAUUUAUUUUAUAAUUAUCUUGUAACUUUAAUAAUCUCUGUUAAUUUCAAUAGUAAUAUUAAUAUAA